GCCCUUAGCUACCCAGUGACAAAAAGCUACCUGCACUAUUUCGAUAGACUUUAUUAAAAUUUCUACCAUGUGUCAAUUGAUUGCAUCAUCCAUAUAUUGAUAUGUAAGCCAUGUAUAUUCAACUGGCACCAAUAAACACAGCUGUCAAAGUGAAUGGAACAUGAGUUGCUGAUUUCUGUGAAUCUAUUUUUGUUUGACAAAUUUGAUUUUAUCAUAGUGGUGGACAAAUAAGCAGGCUUUCUUUUUAUCUCUAGAAAACUACUUAUUAUUGCAGCACUGGCGAUUUGGGAACCGCACCAAUAAAUUAGCCUUCCGUUUUUUUGCGUUGCUAAUACUAAACUGGAGAGAAAAAUCAGAAAAUUGGAGAGAAAACCACUAUCGUUCUGAUUAUACCAUAGUCAGUGCGACAACAAACGUAUCUGUCGGGUGCUAACACGACAAACAAAUUGCUCUAAUGAAAAUUAGAAUAAUACUUGCGCCCAAAAUUUUUAUAAUUUAUCUCAGCUUGGUCAAUGCUGUCAAAGCGUAAGAAAAAUGCUACGGCAACGAUAUGCGGUGGAUGAAGCUUAUUCAAGUACGACAGUUAUUGUGUUACGUUGAAUGACAUUGUAGCGUCUGAUAGAAAUCAACGUGACAAUGCACUUGCAGAGAUCGACAAUGCGGUUAUUAGCAGCCCGUGUACAUAUACUCCUUUCGGAGGCGUUUUUCGAAACUAAUUGCCGCAUGACCGACUACAAUCUAGUGUGCUUGCCGUGUCCGCGUUUGACGGCCUCUGCAAUUCCUGAUUCAGUGAGUAGCUUGAUGAUACAAUGGAGACUCCAGCUGUCUACUCCUACAUUCAGAAUACGGUUGCCGAUGGAGCGGCCGCAGUGUCCUCUCUCAUGAUAGACCCCUUCGAUGAGCUAAUUUGGGUGGGCGGUCAAGGGGGUCACGUCACCUCAUAUUACAGUGCGCUAUGCGAAAAAUAUACUUCGUUUCAAGCGCACCCACCAGGUUAUCCUGUACGAGAUCUGGCCCUCCAUCAGGAGGGGGUGAUUUCGCUGUCUCCAGCAUCCGUACGGAUGAAUGUACGCCGGGGUCUUACAAGAUGGAUUCAAACAUCGGAAGACUUUUAUGACCUUUGCACUCUGAGUCUUCUAGACAAAUCUGCAUCCAACCAUCGUCUAGCCGUUUCAGGAAACCAGCCGUCUCUAUUCGAAUUGGACAUAAACAGAAAUGGGCAGAUCGUUCGACGGGCAUCAAUUGAGGGUGGCACUGGAUAUAAGAUAGUACGAAACAACCCCACAUUCUUGGCUUGCGCGGAUUUUGCUGGAGGAAUUGAUCUACGUAACAAGGAUAACUUUCAGGUCAUGCGCCAUCUUGCUCCUACGUCUUCAAAUAUGAUGAUUCAGGAUAUGGCGUUAUUAGGGAAUCAGCUCGUUACAUGCGGAUUUUCUGAUGUCUACAGAAAUCGCCCGACUGCGCAUAUGUACUUAAGCGUCUACGACCUUCGAACGUUCCGGCCUCAGUUGAUACGGACGCACUUUCCUCCAGUUCUACUUAAGUUCCUGGAGGUUUAUACAUCACGUCUAGUCUGCGUUUCAACAUCGGGCCAGUUUCAGAUGUUUGAUGUCGGGCGACUCGAACCAGCAUCGCCUAUCAAUUCGAUCGAGAUGCUCCAAUUUCAAGUAACAUGCUUCGAUGUCUCUUCAAACUCUCAGGGCAUUGCGUUUGGUGAUGAAGCAGGAAAUAUAAUUGUUUACGGAACUGCCCAGGAUAUCCGCUUUCAUAAUACUAUUCAACGCGCAACGGAGUUCGCUGAUCCAGUUGAUACAUUGCCAGCGAUGGAUGUGUGCGAUCCACUCAAUGUCUACUCAUCUGUUCCGCUGCCAAUUUGCGAUGGACCCUUACUCAGUGAUCUGCCGCCACAAAUAACGCGAUUUCGAUAUCAUGUGUCGGGCCCGGUCGACCCAGCGAUUCUAAGUUCGAUUAAAAUGGUGGGACAAAUAGGUUAUGCCCCAAAUAAUGGCCGAAUGCGUCGAAAUGAGUACAACUACAUCACUAGCAAACAUGCCACCGCUUCUUUCAAACUACAGGAUCAAUCACCGUCCCAUGAAAGCCAAAUACCUUUAUACUACCAGAAGAUUGAUAUAAAAUACAACAAGUUGGGUAUCGAGGACUUCGAUUACAAUCAAUACAAUAACACAUGCUUUGCUGGACUCGAGAGUUCCCUGCCGAACUGCUACAGCAAUGAUAUGCUUCAGGUGUUCUAUUUUCUGGAACCACUCCGAGUUAUGCUAACCAAUCAUUCAUGCGACCGCGAAUUCUGCCUCUCCUGCGAACUGGCCUAUUUAUUCCAUAUGUUAGAAAAUGCCCAGGGCAUGCCCUGUCAGGCCAGCAAUUUCCUACGGGCCUUUCGUACUAUUCCAGAGGUCAGCGCCUUAGGACUUCUGUCCAAUGAAGACCGAACGACUGGUUGCAGGCAAUUAAUUCAGGGAUGGACGCGAUUUAUAUUUACCCAGUUACACCAGGAGACACUCGAUCCGAACGGAGAGUCGGUUGUAUCACGAUUGUUUACAAUGCCACAGAAAACUCUUCAAAGGUUAUUAUUUAUUUAUCAUUGAUCUUAUUACGGGCGCAUUAUUUCCUUUUUGGCCAAAUUUUAAUGUUUUUUCGCAGAACAAUGGCAGUAUAUCUGUAUGUUCGUUCGUAGAUAUGAUAAACAUAUUUAGUUCGGCAGAACAAAAAACGACUCUUGAAUAGAUGUUCGGCUGUAGAUAUGAUAAACAUAUUAAUUCAGCAGAACAAAAAAUAACUGUUGAAUAGAUCAUAUGUAUACGUUAUUUACUCGUGACGGAUGCUGUGUAAAAAAAAUAAAAUUGUUAAAUCCUGCAUUCGAAAAUAACACCAGUUGCAGAUACCGACAGCAGUUGUCUCUAGCAAAAUUAUACGGCUGAAUGCAAAGGGCUAAGACUAUAUAUUUUAUUAUAUCUCGAGAAUCUAACGUACUGCGCCUGGUAGGUAACUUAACGAGGAAUACGCGACUUAUCUGCCAAACUAAGAACAUUUUGGCGGGCUGUUUGCCAUAAAAGGCAUGCGUUCAUUCGCUACGCCUAUCAUUACACGAAAGCCAGUUCUUUUUAGAUCAAAACAACGAACUCGUCUAGCCAACAAUAGUACUUCGUGUUUCAAAAUUUAAGCGAAGAUUGAAUAUUAUCGAAUCUUUCAAUGAACGUUUAUAGCGAAUAAAAAUACUUCUUUGCUUGAAAUCGACAGUCUACGUUAUUGCCAGGCUUUUAAAAAAUUUCAGUAUGACUUUACUUAAAAAAAGAGCUGGAUGAUUCUCGGUAAAAUUUUAUAGGGCUAUAGAACAAAUCAAAUGUCUCCAAAAGCCAUUUACUGUACACCUAGGUCCUUGAUACAGCUAUUAAGGGUCGUUUUAGAGUGAAGAACAUCAAUUUCCAAUUGAGUGGUUCCAGUUUUUUAGACUCUUGGGCUGCUAUCAGUCAAAAUGUAAUUCUGUUUAAAUUUUUCGUAAUUAGCGUAUAUAAGCCACACCUUAGUGAGUGUCUUUUUUUAAUAUUAUUUGACAACGGUUAUUACUAAAUAGUUCAGAUUAAGGAAAAAUAUUAUAUUAAUGGUUUACGAGAUAUUUAGGUUCCGGAUUGAAGCUGUAAUUGUGAUGGUUGUUAUAUGAAAUACGCAUA